AUGCAGUCCGACGAGCUCUCCGCCAGAGAGGAGUUCACCUACAGCCACAUGCCCACCCUGGAGAGGGGCGGUGGGACGCUGGGGCGACGGGGCGACAGAGGAGCAGAGAGAAGGCCGGAACGGGGAGAGCGGUAUAAACCCGAGCGGGACAGCUACACAGUGGACGUGAGGGCCAGUGACCUGCAGCUGGCCCAGCCGGAGGCUCUGAAGCACCCCUGCUUCAGCUACAGGGCCUGGCUCUACAGCGUCCUUAUAGGGGGCAGUCUGCUUAUCACAUCUGGUUUCUCUCUGUACCUGGGAAAUGUGUUUCCUGUUGCCAUGGACUACCUACGCUGUGCUGCAGGCUCAGGCCUCCCUGCAGCGAUAGCCAGUUUCGCCAUUGCCAAGAACAGACAUGUUGCAGUGUCAGAUUUCCAGGUGGUCUACGUGUCAACAUUUGCUGUAACGACCACCUGCCUGGUUUGGUUCGGAUGUAAACUGGUCCUGAACCCUUCCGCUGUCAAUAUCAACUUUAACCUCAUCCUGAUGAUUGUACUGGAGGUGUUGAUGGCCAGUACUGUCAUCCUGUCAGCCCGCUCUGCAGAAGACUGCUGCUGCCACAGGAAGCCGGUGACAUAUGACAGACCUGUGGUUAUAACGCCUGCAGUGUUCCCCACUCGACUCCUUAAAGCGUAUUCUGUGAUUGAAGUAAUCGUGGGAAUUUCUGCUGUGUUUGGAGGAAUUAUUGCCCUCAACAUGGAUGCUUUGCUUCCUGGUCCGUACCUGUCUGUCACAUUUUUCUGGAUUCUUGUGGCUUGUUUUCCCAGUGCUAUUGCCAGCCAUGUUGUGUCAGAAUACCCCAAGAAGUGUCUGGUGGAGAUGCUGAUUGCCAUCAGCAGUGUGACGUCUCCCUUGCUCUUUUCAGCCUCCGGCUUCCUCUCUUGCAGUGUGAUCAGCUUUGUUGAAAUUUUCCUGUAUGAUGUACCAACAGCCAAGCAAUCCUACGACAUCCUGCUGCUGAUUCUGAUGGUGCUGCUGCUGGUGCAGGCAAUUCUAACUUCAGCCACUGUGGUGCACUGUGCCUCCUACAAGAGUCAGCUCCGCAUGGGGGCUCCAGAGUGCGAGGACAACAUGCACACCCCAACCCACUACUGCGAGCAGCAAGCAUCUAAUGGAACGCUGCAGGAAUUUGACAAAGACAGAACCUGGAAGGCAGUUGUGGUCCAAAUGGCCCAAUGA